AUGUCGGUGAUGAACCUAUCCCCAUCGGCUGCAAGAGUUUUGACCGGCAGACUUCAUUCCCCAGUGGGUGUCGUCGUGGAGGAAACGUCGCCGUCCCCCGUGGAGCCGCGCCCCCGCUCCGCCUCCUUUAGUGCCAGCAAAGGAUUUCCAUCUGUUGUUCUUGCGGGUCCGUCGCCGCCGUCUUCGUCGUCGGCGGCGUCGCAGCACGGAAGUGGGCCGGAGUUCUUCGCUGACGAUACCAGUGUCAGCGAGGCGGAGCGCGCGUGGGCGUCGCGGCAGCAGAGGGGUGGCGGAGAGCAGGCACGGCUGGGCCAGGGCGGCAUCCUGCAACCCAUGGAGGCGCGGACCCCAAAGGAAGGGACCGUAACGGAAAGGACGUCCCCGACGUGUAUGAGUAACUGCCCGCGCAGUCCAAGCAGCGCCGCCGGAAGGUACGAGGAGGCGAUGGAGGCACAGACAGGGCCUGGGAACUUCUCUCCAACGUGCUUCUACAGCAAUGGCUCCAUAGCUCCUAAUGACGUGGGUGCCGGGAGGAGCCACAGCAUGGUAGUGUGGAAUGAGGUGGAUGGGGCCCAUCUCGUCGGUAUCAGUGACGAUCUUCCGGUGGUGGAAGAUGACUCAUGGGCGAAAAAAGAAAAGAAUACACCUGUUGUAGCUGUGACUCCAUCGAAAUCGCCCAGUUUGCAAUUGUUUGCAAAUCGCACCAACGAGUCGUGCAUACAAUACGGAAAGCCAAAGGCUCUGCUUGCACCGGUUGGCAUCAACACGAGCCACAGCAGCGAGUCGCAACAGUGUGCUAUACAUUACCGAAAGGACAUUUUCUCAUCCACCAUAGCAGGGGGAGGAGAUGAGUUGCCGCGCGUCCAGAAGUCCCCUCUCUCCUUUAUUGUGACAACGGGGGGUUCGGCUAGCGGGCGUAAGACGCGAGGUAUGCGCAAUGGAAGUGAGUUUGAUACAACGGAAAGACGUGGUAUCUUGCAUGACAAUGCGCAGCGCCGUGGCGAGGCCGGGGAAGAGCCGGUACUGCUUAGUGCGGUUCUUGAUCGUGGCUGGGGAUCCAUGUGCGAAGAGGAUGUCGCGUUUUGGAAGCGUCGCUGCAUUCUGGCAGAGCAAAAACUUGCUGUUGCUGUUCAACGCAUUAGUGAGCACUUCUCUUCUACGGCUGCAACGGCAGGGUCGCAGUCGUGCACAUCCUCGCCCCCGGAGGAAAAAGAAUCUUCAAACUGCACCACACUAGUCUCCGAGGUGGGGCUGGGGAAUAAACAUCUCCGGAAGGCGCCGCCACAGAACCAGGUGGAAUCUGUGAGGCUUUGGGAGGGAAAUGGAGAAAUGAAGGCGACAAGCAACACAGUGACCACACGAGGCGCAACCAGCGGUGCUGUUGUGCCGAAAAACAGACCCAAAAAGGUGGUCGAGUCAAAAAUAGACAAUGAGAGGACGGAGCUAGAAAAUUUGGUGACACGCCUGCGCCUCGAACGCGACACACUCAAGGAUGAGUUGAAUAAACAAACUGUCCGCAACGAGGACUUGGAAACUCGUCUUCUUGCGAAGGAGGAGCAACAGGAGGCCCAGCGAGAGGAGUGGCUCACGCAAAAGGAGAAACUCAGGGAGAAGCAGGAACAGCUGGCGGUCGCGCUGCGCCAGGCCCACCUUAACGUCUCCAGCACGGCAGAGCAGAUUGGGCAGAGGGAGGAGGAGUUACAGACUGCCCGGACACUACGGUGUGCUGCUGAAGCCGAGCUGGCGGCGGUCAAUAAGGAGUUGCGGGAGAUGAAGAAAACAAAUGAACGACAAUUAGAGGAUGGUCGGAAACUGCAGAUGCAGCUGAAGCAACUUGAGGCUGAUAAUCAGUCAUACGGUAGCAAGAACGUCACAGAGACCAGUAAGAAUGACAGCAGGGAUUAUGUCAUUUUGAGGGGUGCCUUGCUUGAGCGCACGGAACAGCAGCUGCAACGUGUGUUGGCUGCGUUGCAGCGCGGCGAGGCACGCAGAACAUGGGUUGCAUCACAGCUUUCAGAGGUGAUGAAGUGUGUGAAUGCGACAUGGACGGAAAAAGAAGACUUUUUGUCUGUCGAGACAAAGGUGCAGCAGCUUGUGCACUCACUGGAGGCGCUUGUUGGAUCAAGGAUGAAAGUAACAAACGACGGGUGGGAAACUCCGACAAUUGAAGACGUGACGUGUGAUAAACCAUUGAUGACCACAGGCGCCGACUGCAGUGCCGCAGACCUCCUCAGUCUUGCGCAAGAAGGUGUCUCUCGCCUGGAAUUGUGGUCAGAUGCAUUCCAGCAGCGUUAUUUUGAGCUAAAGGAGGAGCUCAAAGUUGUUCGAGCGGAUCGCAACGAGCUUGUAGGGCAACAAAGCCAACGGGUACGGAAUUUGCAACAACAGCUAUUGACUGCGGAACAGGAGGUGACACGUCUUAUGCUAUCCAUUGGAGAACGCGACGAGACGAUCCGGCGAAUGAAGGAGGAAAGUCGUGUGGUGAUGCCUAGCCAAGAGCCCACAUCAACGGUGGCGCCGCCGUCACGGGGUGCAGAGUUGCAGGCCGCAAGGGAGAAGAUUGCCGCCAUGCAGGCCGCUCACCGCGUCGACCUGGAGCGAGUCGUGGAGCACAUGGGACAGCAGGCAGAGGAGUUUGGUCGCACACUACAGGCCGCGCGUGAGGAGGCGAUGGAGAUGAUGAUGAGUUCGCAAAGGGAAGAACUUGAGCUAGCGGAGAGGCGUAAUUCCGCGAUGCAGGAGCAACUGCAACGCCUCCGCGAGGAGCGUGAGAUGAAUCGGCGCGUCCAGGACGAGUGUCUGGGCGCACUGCGUUCGCAGCUCAACAAGACGCGAGGUGAACUCGCUGCGAAGGAAGGCGCUCUGCGAAUCGCUCUGCAAGUCCAACUGGGACAGAGCGAAAGGUGGCGCCAACAGCUAUCUAAUGAGCGGGAGGUACACACACCAGAGGCGUUGGUGGUAUCGCCCACAACACCUGGUCCGAUCGUGACAUCAAUUCCGUCAUUGACCAAUGACAAACGCAACGAAGGCACUCCACUGGAGCCUGCUGAGGAGCUGCUUGUUCCUGAAACCCGGCGGCCUGGUGCCAUUUUGGCUUGCGAAGAAGCAGAACCGUCCCGACCUACCGUGAGGGGUCCCUCUGCGCGACGGACAGUGACGUUUUCACCAGAUGUUAUAUUUGUAGAGGAUCAUCAAACCUACUCUACCUCCUCCUCGUCGGGUGGCCUGGCCUCACGAUCCCCGUCCUCCAGCGGUUCCUCCGCUUCGUCACCGGGGGCGGACUCCGGUGAGCGCCACGACAGUGGCCACGUCAUCCAUCGAGGCGUGAUGCGCAGGCACCAGGAGGUGUGGAUGCAACAAGCAGAGCUGAUGGGAAUACCACCUGGGGAAGAAUAG